GAAAGCUUGCUCAUGCUAGGGGAGGGGAAGGGAGGGGAGGGGAACGCGGCGCUUCCCGAGGCGCGCUGCUGCUUGCCUGCCUGCCUGCCCAGGACUUCCCUGUUGUACAUGAGACACCCACCCACGCAAAGAUGGCUGCGAAAGGCUCGCAUUUUCACCUGAAAAUGGAAGAGGCGAUCGAGAGGUGCAGGACGGAUUGCCAGUGGGAGAUGCAGCUCGCCAUGGUGGCGCAGAUGAGGGCGCGGACAUCCAGCCCUCGGCACAAGGGGUCAAAAGGAGCCGCGCCUCAAAAAUCUGAAGACUAUGAGAAUCUACUAGCUGCGGAGGCACUGCUGGAGCUGUGCUUAAAAGAGAACCUUGCCAAAAUCAAAGAAACCAUGCCAUUAAUGGAAAAAACUGAGCCCAAACUGAGUGAUGCCAAAAAGUUUUUGACUGACAUUCUAAAUCGAGGGAAAUUACUGCCAAAAGAUAUGACAGAAGCAAUGUUGCUUCUUGCAAAGCUUCAUUAUAUUGAAGGAUGUUACCGAGAGACUUUAAGCAUGUAUGCAAGAGCCGGUCUCGAAGACCUUGUAAUAGAGAAGAAACCUUUAUACAAGCUGCGUCUGCUAACCGAAGCUUUUGUUAUUAAAGGCCUGGCACUGGAACGCUCACCCAAUUCCAUUGCUUCCCAAGUCCGGCUGUCUGAAAGAGAAGAGGAAGUCAUGACUUGCUUUGAAAGGGCAUGUGUAAUCGCUCAGAUUUUCCUGCAAGAACUGGAGAAGAGCUUUAAUAAUACACAUACAAGAAGCAUAAAAGGCAGUCAUAUGUCUUCCUUGGAUUUUGAACUUCCUUACUUUCUGGAAGCAGCUCUGCAGAGUGCAUAUGUGGCUCAUUUAAAGAGAGGCAAUAUUAUUCAAGGAAUAAGAAAUCUAAGAGAAUUGUUAAGAACCAUGGAAACAAAGGCUACUCUGAGCUUCAGAAUGACAGCUACCAAACAACUGGCAGAGCUGCUCCUCCACUCCCUAAGUGAAGAUUGUUACUGGAGUCCCUUAUCUGACCCACUUCCCGAGUUCAUGAAGAAAGAGGACAAUGCUUAUAUUUGUACCACCUUACGUCGAAAACUACAGCAACACGCUGGAGAUAACAUCUAUAGCCCCCAUGACAACGUUGAAGAAGCUCUCCUCCUCCUCCUGAUCAGCGAAUCCAUGGCAAAUCAGGAUGCAGUGAUCAGCCGGGCUCCUGAUCAGAAAGAUGAUCGAGCCAUCAGUCUCCAGAGUACAUCAGCAGUUUAUGAUCUUCUGAGUAUCACUCUGGGCAGAAGAGGACAAUAUGUCAUGCUUUCUGAGUGUUUAGAACGAGCAAUGAAGCUUGCAUUUGGUGAAUUUCAUUUGUGGUACCAGUUGGCUCUGGCCAUGACAGCUUGUGGCAAGUCUGCUCAUGCUGUCUCGGUGCUUAGAGAAUGUGCAAAGCUACGUCCUGCGGAUCCCACCGUCCCUCUCCUGGCCGCCAAGGUCUGCAUUGGACCUCUGCACUGGCUGGAGGAAGGAGAACGUUUCGCCAAGAUGGUUGUUGGCAUGGGAGAAGACGCUGGAGAAUUCCUAGCAAAGGGUUUUUUAGCAUUAGGCCUGACAUACAGCCUGCAAGCAACUGAUGCUACUCUGAAAAGCACCCAAGAUGACUUGCACCAGAGAGCACUUCAGAAUUUAGAAAGAGCUCAUCACUUGGCACCUGAAGACCACCAAAUUAUCCUUUAUAUCUCAUUGCAGCUGGCUCUUAUCAGGCAGAUUUGUGAUGCAAUAGAACAUCUCCAAGAAGCACUAAAACUGUAUAAGGAUGAUAUGAAUUCUCUUCAUCUGUUGGCCCUCCUUUUUUCAUCACAAAAACACUACCAACAUGCUUUGGAUGUAAUGGAUGUGGCCCUUGCAGAAUAUCCUGACUGCUUCCAUUUACUCUUCACAAAAAUAAAACUGGAAUUAGUACAUAAAGGACCGGAAGAGGCUUUAGUGACCUGUAGACAUAUGUUGCAUCAGUGGCAGAUGUUGUAUAAUGUUUCACAGCAAAGUGAUUCAGAGAAAGCAAACAGUUUGACUGAGACAGUACCAGCCAAGAAGAAUAACAAUGUGUAUCUUACUCUACCGGAUGCCCAUGAUAAUGAUUCUGGCUCCCAACGAGCAUCUUCCAUUGCAGCAUCACGACUGGAACAGGCCAUGUCAGAAAUAACUAUGCAGAGUUCUGCCUCAAAGCAAGGGCCUAUUCAGCUGUGGACAACUCUUGAACAGAUCUGGUUGCAGGCUGCUGAAGUCUUCAUGGAACAACAGCAUCUCAAAGAAGCAGGCUUUUGUAUCCAGGAGGCAGCCAGUCUCUUUCCCACAUCUCAUGCUGUGCUGUACAUGCGGGGGAGGCUUGCAGAGAUGAAUGGCAGCUUGGAAGAGGCUAAGCAGUUGUAUGAUGAAGCAUUAACUGUGAAUCCAAGUGGAGUGGAAAUCAUGAACUGUUUGGGACUGGUUCUCAACAAGCUUGGGCGAAGAAAUUUGGCUCAGAAGGUUCUUCAAGAUGCAGUCCAGAUACAGAGUACCAGCCACAAAGCCUGGAACAGCCUUGGAGAAGUCCUUCAUGCUCAGGGCAAAAAUGAAGCUGCUGUUGAAUGCUUUCUGACUGCUUUGGACCUUGAAUCCAGCAGCCCUAUAAUUCCAUUUACAGUUAUACCAAGAGAAUUGUGAAUGUUUAGUAUUAACUCAUCAAAUGUGUUCUGUGGAGAAAGUUUAGGUGAUCAGCAGUCAGUUUAUGUGUGUGUGUGUAGGUGUGUCUGUGUGUGAAUAAAGAAAAGCUUUAUUCAUGGUAAUGCUUCUGUUUCAAGAAUAUCACAUUUUCCUUGUACUCAAAGCUCAAGAUAGCUAGCUAGUUGAUGGAAAAUGUUACUCUAUAGCAAGGGUGUCAAACUGGCAGCCCACAGGCAGGAUGCAUCACGCGGAGGCCACGCCUACCCCAGCUCUGUGAAGGGGGGCAAAUGUCGCAAAACGUGAUGUGGCAAGUUUGACACCCUUGCUCUAUAGCAACUAGACCUGUUGCAGUUUGAAAUGCUGCCUAGGUACAGUGCAGACUCAGCUGCAGCUAUGUUUGGGAGCCACCAGAGGCUCAUAUUCUUUUAAUCUGCUUCUUACCUUUUACUGCAAGGAAUCAAUGAUGGAAAAGUGAAAUGUCUCUCAAGCAUGGGCCUACUGGUUUUCAAGGCUACUUUACAAUGUGAUUAUGCUAGUACUUAAUGGAUAAUAUUUGUGGUAUAAGCUGCAUACAUCUCUAUUCUUUGUGAUGUUUCCAUCCAUUGAAAAUUCAGUUCAAGAAAACAAAAACUUUUAAAAUUCACUCUUGGCACAAUACUUGAGCUGUGACCACUUAAGCUGAUUCGCUACCAGAUUCUAUCUUAGUUCAUACGUAGCAUUAAGCUAUAACAUAUCUGUUUGGUUGGGUUAUUUUGUUUUGCUCUGGAGACUAUUUUUGAUCUCCCAUUUGUGAUGUCAGUUAGUCAGACUUCCAAGAGGCAUUCUCAUGGCACUCUUUUAAGACUUAUAGACUUUAGGAAAUAUAUGAUUUUAAAAGGGUGAGGAUGUCAGGUGAACACAUUCAUUCUUUGCCUUAAAUUAUUGUGGCAUAGGAUAUAAAAAUAAAAUAAAAUUGGAGAAAAUAAUAGGCAUUUCCAGAAUACCGAUAGAGGAGAAUAUUUGUAGAUCAGGAUUGAACUGCGAGGUCCCAGGUGCUCUGGUAGCUUGGUUGUUUCCUUGCCCUGUGAGGGGAAGCCCCUUGAAUAUAAAAUGAGAGCAAACUCCACUCCCUACUAAUACUGAUUAUGUAACCUAGUUUAGUAAGGAAACAUCUGCAAGAAAACAACCAAGUUCAGAGAGCACUAGGUACCCGGUAUUUCCAGAAUAUUUUAUUAAUAAAAUUAGGGCAGGUCAGUUUUAAAAUUUCAGCAAGGAUUUUGUUCUAGACCACAAUAAGUUUUGGGACAUUAAGACACAAGGCUACCGCUUGAGAUACUGACAGAGACACAUCUCUUACAAUAUCUUCUUUUAAGAGGGUUCCACAAAUGCUCCAUAGCUGGGGAUCAUUAGAGCUAAAGAUAAAUCAUUGAAAAGUCAGCAAAAUUGCUUGUUGCAAAGAGUGUACCAUGGUGGACGCAUUGGGAUGCGUAAGGGACAAAAUUAUUACAUAAUUUGGGACCUAGGGGUUUGGGACCUAUUGUAGAAUAUUAUAAUGGCCUGUGAGUCUAAUUUGUUAAAUUUUAGGCUAAAUCAGUUUUUUUGUGCUCAGGGAUGUGUAGAAUAAAAGUAUAGGCACCUGUGCAAGCACAGUAACUAGAUAUAACUGUAACUUCUUGGUUCUUUGUAUCAUUUUAUCCUUUUGUUCCAUUAGUAGUACAUGCCACAAAUAACAACAUGUUAUUCCAUUUAAAUGACUUCUUGCCUCUUAAAAUUUUCUUUUCAGUUUAGAAAGACAGUCUAGAAUAGUCCUUUUAUUAAUAUUUCAGUUACAUUGGUAUUUACUUUUAAUUACGCUGCUAUGAUCAUUCUGACUGAUCUCAUGUACUUACCUGAGCUAGUUCAUUUUCCCAUAAAAUAUACUAUCAAUAACUGGAUUAGAUAAGAUAGGUGUAAGCACCUAUGAUAUGGCUAUCCAAAUUUACCUGCUGCUGCUUUCUUUCUAAAUCUCAAUUUAAAAUAGGAUUGGGUGUUUUUUUUAGUCUUUAGGAUAGAAAUCAUCUCAAAGUUCCAAUUUUUAGAAGAUGAAGGCCCUUUAUCUCAUGCAUAAUCAAGGUGCUGAUUAAGUAAUACAAGACUUGAAUUUGGAUAGCACAAACACUUGGUAGAGUACCGCAUAAUCAACAAUUUUUCCAGGCUAUAUUCCUCACAUACAGGACCUUCUUCAAAUGUCCUUUCUGCAUUAUUGCCCCAGUGGCAAAACUAGGGUAUUACAAUUAAUUUGUAGGAAAUAACUAAGGCUUACUAUGGCAGUGAUGACUCACACCUGACAACCACCAUUUCCCUCCUUGGUAACCCGGUAAAUGAUGCCGCAUCUUCAUAAAGCAGUGCUCCAGUGAAAAACAGGUUGAGGUUAAAGAAGCAAACACAAAUCAGGAUCUAGACAUUCUUGGAUAUUUGUUUAUUAGCCAGUAAACUUCACAUUUGUGCAUAACACCCUCAAUAGUGUUUAAUUGUUAUGAAACUUUUCAUAUACUGUGUAGUAGUAUACAUAAAAUAUUGAAUCCAUUAAACUCUGAAGAUUGGAUGAGUUUAAAUAAUUGCAAUUUGUUGUAUCAGCAUAGAUGCUAUCUUAUUUUAUUUACAGCCAACUAUUCUGGAAACUAUUACUAUUUAUUUAUUAGGAAUAUUAUUUGGGCACUCUUCAUCCAGAUA